AUGUUCAACCCCUUCUCCCGCGCUCCUCGCGGCGGAGUUGCAUGGUUCAACGCCGGGCCUGUAGUGUCGUAUCCUAACAUCGAGACUGCCGACAGCGCAUUAGCCCAGCAGCGCCUUUGCAACGAUGCAUACUUGCCAGGAUGUAAAGUCUUCCACGUGCCCAAGGAGGAUGCCACGCAGGCUAGUCCGGUAGCAAUCGAUGACUGGAAGGAUGGGGAGGGCGAUACCAAGGACCAAGUCAUGAUUUUCCGAUAUAACGGCAAAUUCGUUGCGGUUAACCAUGAAUGUCCACACUCCUCGUAUCCAUUGAGUAAUGGGACACCGUUUGAUAUUGAGGAUUUUGGUGUCAAGUUGAGCGGGGGGAUUACCUGUCCGAAGCAUGAUUGGAGCUUUGAUUUGUUUACUGGAAGGAGUGAUCGGGGGAGUUACAAGUUGACAGUUUGGGAGACGCAGUUACGAAAG